AUGAAAGACCUGGUACGGCAGAGAUUACCCCGGUCUGCGGCAGUGACAGUGGGGUCUUUCCCCGCUUACGCCGAGCUCCCAACCCCGGAGCUCCAGUUUGCCAACGGGACAAACUCCACGGACUGCGGGGAGGAAAUCUUGCUGUAUGGAGAUGUGGAGAAAGUCGUUAUCGGGAUUGUCCUUUCCAUCAUCACCCUAACCACCAUCGGCGGGAACUCGCUCGUCAUCAUCUCGGUCUGCACAGUUAAAAAGCUCAGGCAGCCGUCUAAUUACCUGGUGGUGUCGCUGGCCGCAGCGGACCUGUCGGUAGCCCUGGCGGUCAUGCCCUUUGCCAUCACCACUGACCUGGUGGGCGGGGAGUGGCUUUUCGGGAAGUUCUUCUGCAACGUGUUCAUUGCCAUGGACGUCAUGUGCUGCACUGCUUCCAUCAUGACACUGUGUGUGAUCAGCGUGGACAGGUACCUGGGGAUAACCAGACCCUUGACGUACCCGGUGCGGCAGAACGGGAAGCUGAUGGCGAAGAUGGUGUUCAUAGCGUGGCUGCUGUCCACCUCCAUCACCCUGCCACCCCUCUUCGGCUGGGCCACCAACGUCACGGUGGAGCCUGUCUGCCUCAUCAGCCAGGACUUUGGCUACACUGUCUACUCCACGGCCGUGGCCUUCUAUAUCCCCAUGACGGUCAUGCUUGUAAUGUACUUCCGCAUCUAUAAUGCAGCCAAGAUCAGCGCCGAGAAGCACAAGUUCAUGCACAUCCCGUGGCAGUACGACCGCGACGGGAUCUACAGCAUGGAGCAGGAGAUGCGGGGGGUUCAGAACCAUCGUGUCUCUCGCCAGGACAGGGUGAUGGAAGAGUGCGCCAUCCUCUCCAAGCUGCUCCGGCCAGACCGCAGGAACAUCUCCAUCUUCAAGAGGGAGCAGAAAGCUGCCAGGACCCUGGGCAUCAUCGUAGGUGCCUUCACCUUCUGCUGGCUGCCCUUCUUCCUCCUCUCCACGGCCAGGCCAUUUAUUUGCGGCAUCGAGUGCAGCUGCAUGCCUCUGAGGCUGGAGCGGACCUUGCUGUGGUUGGGAUACACCAACUCCCUCAUCAAUCCCCUGAUCUAUGCGUUCUUCAACCGGGAUCUGAGGACUACCUUCUGGAACCUGCUCAAGUGCAAGUACAGAAACAUCAACCGGAGGCUGUCUGCAGCCAGCAUGCACGAAGCGCUGAAAGUGAAGGAGAGACCUUGACCUCAGUGCAUAUGUAAAAUAACUAUAUAACUAAAUAAAGAAAAGCUUGGAUGUGGUGGAUUUCCAUGGCUGGAAAUCCAACAUAUUUUGUAUGAAACCCAUUUGUAGCUAAUUAUUGACUGAUCAUGACAGACAACCAACACCUGAUGAUUAUUAUAGAAUAAAUACAUACAUAAUCAAAAUAAAUUGGAAAUUUGUGAUUCAAAAAAGCAACAAAAAUGGUUAAAGAGUAUAGAAACAAUCUCAAAAUGGCAGUGAUAACUACCAAAAGACCAUCUCAGUCCCCGGACUUGAAUC